AUGACAUCAACCCCGCACGUCUCGCGAUGGCAGCUGUGCCAGCCCGUCGCGACUCCUGUUAGCUCUGCACACUCGUCCAGCUCUUUGCCAACUGUAUCUGAAGCUAUUGGAAAAGUUUCGCCUUCUGCGCCGCCCGUGUCGCUUCGUUAUCUGGAUGAAUUUGUAGGCAAAUUGCACUGUGCUUCUGCUUUAUUGCAAUACGAAUUGUUUCCAGACGCGAAAGAAAUCACCGAAAGCAUGGCACUGUUUAACACCGUUCGGCGGUAUAUCGAGCCAGGAGAUUGCGAAAAAGAUGUAAACGCCGAGCCAGGAAGCAAACACGAUGGGAUCGUAGUCGUCGGAGAUGGAAAUACGCCACGAACGGCUGCGUUGUUUGCAUUUCGAAUGCGAGGAUGGACGUGUUAUAGUGUGGAUCCUGCAAUGGAGAAGGAGACGAGUGAGCGGUCGAAGAGGUGGACGGAAAUUACAAAUCUUGUGGUGGUCCGUAAUAAAGUUGAGAACGUGCGGAUCGCAUUGAGAAGAGCGAUUGUGGUGCUCGUGCACGCUCACGUGACGCUGGACCAAGCUUUGAGUGCAAUACAAGCUGAGCAGAUCUGCGGCGUCGUCACGCUUCCGUGCUGCAACUGGUACGGGCAACAAGAGUCGCUCUUCGGUCGCGGUCCGGACCUCGUGUACGAUGACUUCAGUGUGCUUUCGAACCACCGUGAGAUUCGCUUGUGGAUUGGGGACGGUUCUGCAUCGAAUGGCAGAAGUGCUAAAGCCUCUCGAGCUCACUCAGAGCUCGUGUCGGGCGUCAUGAAAGGCUGUGUUCGCAAGGAACUUACGGCUGGCAAGCAAGGCAUACGUCGCAGUGGUGCAAUCAACGAUGAGGAUGCUGAGAAGCAAGCAAAGAUUCUGGCAAAAAAGCAUGAUGGAGUGCUCGAUCUGAUCGGGGAUACGCUGGCGGAGCUGACAGGUGAUCCUCCUCCACUGAACCGAGAAGAAAGCCUGCCAGACAUGCAAGUGGUUGGUGGCAUGUCGUCCAUCACUCUCGCGUCUUGCCUGAGAAGAGAUACUGGUGUGCUCGUGCUCUGUUGGCGUCCACGUCGUGCGGCAGUGCGUUCGCUGCUUGGCGAUGGAUACACGAACGUAUACACCAUCUCGUUAGCAGAAGAGAAGUCGGUUCGUGUUACCGACAACGGUAGACGCGGUUUGAACAGUCUGAAGCUGCAGCUCCACAAGUGCACUAUUGAUGCAGAUGUUGAUCCUGGUACUGAAGAAGUCCGAGAUGGAGGGAGACUCCAGUUGACUUGUUGCGGCUGCUUCACGCUCGAGUCCUCUUUUGCUCUACAUUGCGACGAAGAGUGCAACAGCCAGAAAAAGGAAGAGAUCACCGUAGCCUUUGAUGGUGCAGACUUCCCCGCGCCCCCUUUAUCAUGCAUUGUGGAUGCAGGCUUCGUCUACCGAGGCUUUCGCGGUCGUUCAAAGAAGAACCCGAUCUUCUUUCGCCGCAUAUACCGGACACUGGAUCACAUCUUGGCAGCUUGUGGCCACAUUACCAACAAUAGAACGAGCCCGUCGCUCGUUUGUCUCACACCGCGCAAGCGCUGGCACAAAAAGGAAUUUCUAGCUCACGAGUACGAAGUCCUGUCGCUGGUUGCCAAGGAGCCACGCGAAGGAACGCCUUUGUACGCGUACUGCUGCUUCAAGCGGCAUGCAGUGUCGCCAAUGGUGCCAUGUUUGACAACCGAGUCGAGCAGUAAAUGCACCAGCGCCCGAGAUACUGCGCUGGAGAUAUGGACAGAGCUGGAGCAGAAACUUGUCGCUCGAAAGGCUGAGCUGGAUGACAAGUUGAUUGGCAUCGACAGCCCGGACGCACGCACCCAAGCGGCUUCAGCCCAAGAGCGAGCAGAUGCUGAAGCUUUGGACACUUUGGCUGGAUUUGGAAAAGUUUAUGCUCAAGCUACUGGUGAGAUCACGCGCGUCCGUCGGUUCAGUAAUGGCACAGCAUUCGUUUCCCUCGUCUUGACUGGCAGUCGGUGCGAUAGACCGUUGCAGCUUUUUCUGCAGCAUGAGACACUGGGCUUCUCCAUCCCGAAGUUUGUAAAGGUUGCGAGUCUUCUUCGAAAGGGCGAUGAGCUGAUUGCGGUGGGGUUCCUGGCUCGCAACGCUCGUGGACACUCGAUGUUGCAAGUGGAAGCGUUGUCCUUAGCUCGCUCAGGUGAGUUCGAAGCUUACAAUUAG